GUUCAACGUGGCGGGCGGUGCGGAGCUGUUGCAGGUCGCGCGAAUCCUUUGCCUUCGUCGCCUUUUUGGGAGGAGGAAGAUGACGUCACCGGAAGGGAUCGCCAGCCACGAGAAUUCGUGGUUGAGAGCGCUCCUCAGCGCCGACUCGGACGCGCACGUGGAGGGCGGUGCGCGGGGCUGUUGUAGUUCGCGCAAUUCCUUUUUUCCUGCGUUGCCUUUUUUGAGUGGAGGACGAUGACGUCAUCGGGAGGGAUCGCCGGCCACGAGAAUUCGUGGCUGAGAGCGCUCCUCAGCGCCGACUCGGAUGCGCACGUGGCGCUAGGGCACCGGUGAUAUCCGGUCGCGGGGCUGGGGGGAAAAGAGUGAGUGGGAUAAAUCGGUCUCUUUUCGUUUUCUUUUUCAGUUUCGUUUCACAGAGAGCGAGGCGGAGGCGGAGGCGGAGCUGAGGCGAUUGGAUUUGCUGUUGAAGUCUUGGAUGCAGCGAUCGGGCAGCGCAGGGGAGAUGGAGGAGGGGAGGGAUCCGGCUAUCAAGCUCUUUGGCGCCACCAUCCCGGUGGCGGCUUCCGCCGCCGCUGCGACGGCGGAGGAGGACGAGGUUUUUGAGGCGGAGGCGGAGGAAGAGGAGGAGGUCUCUGUGUAUGUGGCGGAGGGGCAGAAGGAUACAACUAAAGAAGUAACCGAUCAGGAAAGCCUUAAAGAUAAGGAAAUCAGCAAUGUUUCACCUAUUGCACCUGCUGAAGAGAAUGACAGUGCACCAAAUAGUUCUAGUUUGACUAAUAGCAAUGACGAUGAGGAAAAAAUAUCCCUUACAGCUGAAAAAGAAACAGCAAAUGCUAACUUUGAAGAUGCCGAGAAUGAGACUGAUUGCUCUGCAACCAAAAGGGUCCUCAAAAAGCCUGAUAAAAUUCUACCGUGUCCUCGAUGUAACAGUAUGGACACCAAAUUCUGCUAUUACAACAACUACAAUGUCAACCAACCUAGACACUUCUGCAAGAACUGUCAGAGAUAUUGGACUGCCGGUGGAACAAUGAGAAAUGUCCCUGUGGGUGCUGGUAGGCGCAAAAGUAAGAAUUCUUCUUCGCAAUGUCGUAAUCUAGUUGUCCCUUCCGAUGGAUUGCAGUCUGCUCAGUUGGAUACUCUUCAGCGAGCUAUCCCAUGCUUGCCUUCCAACCCUCCGCAACCUCUGGUCAGAAAUGGGACCGUCCUUAAAUUUGGACAGGAAGUUCCUCUUUGUGAAUCCAUAGCUUCGGUUCUCAAAAUCAGAGAGCAAGUUCCAAAUGCUGAUUCAGGCCCCACGUGCGGAGAAAAUAGGGAAGAACCUUCCUGUGCAUCUGCUGUUGAAGUCACCAAUGUGAAGGAAAAUAGACCUGCUAAAAGUGCAGCAGAUGUGGAACAAACUGGAACACAAAGUUUCCAUAAUGGACUCGCACCUUUGCCUCAUUUGCAGUGUUAUCCUGGAGCUCCAUGGGCUUAUCCGUGUACUCCCGUAUGGAACCCUCUUGUUCCUGUGGAUGUUGGUCGACAUUCAUCAGAAAGUUCAUGCAACAUCAAUUCAAGUUCAAUUCCUUGGAGUCCAGGAGGGAUGAUGGCAGUUCCUCCUUUUUGUGCAGGAACACUCCCUUUUCCUUUCAUGCCUGCUCCCUUUUGGGGCUUUGCUGCCUGGCCCAAUGGUGCAUGGAACCCGCCAAUGAUCCAAUCCGAGGGCUGCAUAUCUCCAUCAUCCUCUACAAGCAAUAGCGGCCAUUCUGGGGCUGUCUCUCCGACUUUGGGCAAGCAUUGCAGAGAUUCAAGUUUGCUGAGCGAGGAGAAGAUGGAGAAGUCUCUGUGGGUUCCAAAAACACUUAGAAUAGACGAUCCAAAUGAAGCUGCAAAGAGUUCUAUAUGGGCUACCCUAGGCAUCAAGCCUGAUAUGGGUAGCAUCUUCCAUUCGAAGGCUGAAAACAAGGUUCGCAAAUUUGAUGCUGAACAGGUACUACAUGCGAAUCCUGCCGCACUCUCCCGAUCGCAAUCCUUCCAAGAAACCACUUGAAGAGAACCUCUGAAGUUACAUAGUAAGUUUUUCAUUUACAAAUGCAUUGGAAGAACUGAAGACAUUGCUUGGCGAGGAUUUGGCACUGCUUUCAAAUGCUAGCAAGGAAGCAGGAUCAUGAGACCUGAGACACUGACAAUAGAAUUUGCCUCGGCUACUAGUGAAAUUAGCUGGCACAAUCAUGAGGCUUGUCGAAAUCUCUAUAUUGCUCAAGGACGAACUCCUGCUGUAAAUACGAUAUUAAAGUAUUUAUAAUCUCCUGUAUCACAGGUGUCGCCAACCAUGACAAGAAGAUUGAGCCUAUAACUGUAGAAAUAAACCUUAUCUGGGCAGUGAAAGUUGUAGAUGUUUAAAUUACUUGUUUGUAAGCUCAGAGAGGGAAUUUUACUUGUUUGUUUUGUGAAUAUAAGCAAUGACCUUGAGUUCAGAUGCGUA